AUGACGUUGGGAGGGCGUUUGAUGUACAACUUCUCUAAGGGUCAUGAAGCCGGGUAUAAUGGCGCUGCGCAAACCGAUGGUGACGGUAUCACCGACGGCUCGAACGUCGGCCUGUCCGAACUGCAUGGAAUCAACGGCCCCGGUUCCACCUGGCCUGACAGGAUCCAUCGCGAUCCUUCGAAUCCACCACACCCGCCACAAUCGGUGGACACUCGCCCGCUCGUUCUGCCUUGCUAA